AUGUCAGCUCAACGAGGCCUCUUUGGGUUGCAGGGCUUGGUCCGUCCCGACGACUUUGCCGCCUUGGGCGCCAAUGCGAUCCGCCAGAUCGGGCGAUUGAAGCACCGCAUUUUGACGACACCGCCUGGUUUAUCCACGAUCCAAGACCUGGAUGCGAUUUCGAACGAAGUAUGCACCGUGAUCGAUGCGGCCGAGCUCUGUCGCAAUGUCCACCCUGAUGCAAACUUCCGAGCGGCGGCAUCCCAGUCGUUUAUCAAGCUCUCCACGCUGAUUCAAGAACUAAACACCGACACCGACAUGUACCAGCGCUUGCGAGACGUCACUGUCGACGAGUCGCUCAUGGCCACAUUCACAGAGGAACAGCGGCGAGUCGCGCUGCUUCUUCGGGCUGAAUUUGAGCGCGAUGGUAUUCAUUUGAACCAAGAGGGUCGAGCCCGAGUCAUUUCGUUGCAGAACGACAUCACACGCCUCAGCUCAGAGUUCCAACACAAUAUCACAAACGUGCGCGAGUACAUCGAGGUGCCGCGCAGUGCCUUGACGAACCUCCCUGCGACUUACAUGCGGCAUUGCUCGGUCCACGGGCUGUCUGCCAUGGUGCCAACGGAUUCGCAUGUCAUGCACGCCAUCAUGAAAUGGAUUCCAGACCCCGCCGUUCGCAAGCAAAUGUACAUCGCCGGGAAUACGUGCGCUGCCGUGAACCUCCAAGUGCUAGACGACUUGAUCCAAGCGCGGCAUGCAGUGGCGACUGCGCUAGGUUUUCCCACAUAUGCUCACUUGGCGACGAGUGACAAGAUGGCCGAGAGUCCGGAGAAAGUCGCGGCCUUCCUUCAGUCCAUCGCGGCCAACCUCAUGACCAAGGCCCAGGCGGAGCGCCACCUUCUGGCAACGGCCAAGCUCCACGACGAACAUGGACGACGCGAUGCUGUGCUGAAUCAGCUUCGCACGCUGUUUGGGCAAACGACCCCACGUCCCGCAGUCGCCACAACCGUCGUUGAGAGUUGGGACGUCCCGUACUACAUGGGAAUGUUGAAAGCCCGGCACCAUCACUUGGACUCGCGCGUGAUCUCGUCGUAUUUCCCCGUGGAAAAGUGCGUGGACGGAUUGCGACUGCUCUGUAACGAGUUGUUUGGCAUCGAGCUCAAAGACACGCCGAUGGACGAGCACGAGUCGUGGCACCCCGACGUGCGCAAGUUGGUCGUGUCCAAAGCGAGUCGCGUCCUGGGGGUCCUCUACCUCGACUUGUACCCCCGGCAGAGCAAGUACAACCACUUUGCCCACUUUACCGUUCGAUGCGGCAAGCAACUUGCGACUCACUACCAAACGCCGGUCGUUGCGCUUGUUUGCAACUUUCAGCAGCCGACGCCAGACAUGCCGCCGCUCCUCACGCAUGGCGAGGUCGAGACGCUCUUCCACGAGUUUGGCCAUGCGCUCCACUCCGUGCUGUCCCAAACCGAGAUGCAGCACGUAAGCGGCACCCGCGGCCAGCUCGAUUUUGUAGAGAUGCCGUCCCACCUAUUCGAGUACUUUGCGUGGGACCCGCGGGUCGUCGAGACCUUUGCAAAGCACUACGACACGAACGCGCCGAUCCCAAGGACAAUGCUAGACAACUUGAGGGCAUCCAAGCACAUGUUUAGCGCCAUGGACACGCAGACCCAAUGCCUCUAUUCGAUGCUGGAUCUGACGCUGUUUGGGACGCAGCCACUGCCGUUUUCGCCCCCCACGACGACGCAAGCACUGCAAACGUUACAGAACCAACACACCCUCGUUCCGUUUCCGACCGGGACGCACUGGCACACUCGAUUUGGCCACCUGGUCAAUUACGGCGCCGGGUAUUACAGCUACCUGUACGCGCGCGUGUUUGCCGCCGACGUGUGGCAGCACUGCUUCGCUGCGGAUCCGUGGAACCCCAAGGCCGGUCAAGUGUUGUACGAAGAAGUGCUGCGCCACGGCGGGGCAAAGAAACCCAUGGACAUGCUCGUGAAUGUGCUCGGCCGUGAGCCCACGAUCGACAGCUUCGUCAAGGAACUCGGCGUCUUGGACGACUGA